AUUACUAAUAUUUUGUUUUGAUUUGUAAAGAUAGCAUUACCCGUAAAAUCGUAAAUUGGAUUAAAAAUCCGAUACCUAAUUGAUUGUGGUUUUAUAAUAUUCGUUGUUGAAAAAACGGUGAAAGUUAACAAUGGAUCUAUAAACCUGCUAUUAUGAGCUGAUAAAAUAGUUUAAAUAUUAAACAAAUAAGUUUGUUCAUGUUCAUCGUAAGUGAAUAUGUCAGUAGAGGAGGAACCGGACGCUUUGAAGAUAUACUGGGAUCAUUUCUUCAAGGCAGAGACUGGCACUUAUGAGAAAUCAACAUGGCUGGAGUUGUUCCUAGCAGAGUUCAUCAUUCGGCUCAACGACGGUCAAAAUCCAAAAAAGUUGAUAAAUUUUUGCCCGGUGAGCGGCGUGGUGACGCUGGUGGGCUGCGAGCUGCUGUGCGGCGUGCACCGCGUCACGUCGUCCAUCAACACGCACUACUCCGUGGCGCUGCCGAGCUUCGAGCCGCCCGCCCCCGCGCCCGUGCCCGCCGGCGACACCAAUGGUGCUGCAGCAGAGAGCAAGGCGGAGGAGGCGCCGCGGCCGGCGAGCGUGUUCUCGCGCAUGAACACGCAGUCGUCGGCGGCCAUCCUGCGCAGCUACCUGCUGGGCGGCGUGGCGUGGCGCUGCCUCGUGCUGCUGCGCGCGCUCGGCGUCGAGGGUCUGUCGUGCUGCCGCCAGCUCAGCUCGGUGCUCAUCUGGCUGUUCGGGGAGACGUGCGCGGGCGGGGAGCCGCGCGCCGCCUCGCCCCCGCCCGUGCGCGACGGCUCCCUCCGGCGCCCGCCCAUACAAGAACUGUUUUCUAGCAGGAUUUGGGCAAAACAGAAACCUUACAAUGUCUCAAACUCUACAGGCUCUUCAGAGAAAAGUUAUCUUCUGGGAAGGGUGAGAACCAACGGUCAGCCGAAAUCGGACGCCGAGAGCAAAAUCAAAAAGCGAUCUACAAGAAGCUCCGAACAAUCCUCGGAAUCCGGUGACUCGAACGAUGAUUUAGAAAUAUUGAAUCGCAGCAUGACGAUCAAAGUGUGUUCUCCGAAUGAUGACUUCGAUUAUUUCAACUCGCCGAUACGUUCCCCCGACUACCUCAACCAGACGCUGUACAUAGACCCCCUGUACUCGCCGCGAAAAGCGAAACCCAAAGCCGACGAUUACAUGACAGAGAAACACAGGGACAUUAUAAAUUCCGAGAUCAGCACGUUCGAAUUCACUUUGAUCAUCACUGAUUUAUUACAAGAACUCUGUAAAGCGGAGAGCAGUCUGUCAGGAUCGGAAGGCUCUCAAAUAUCCAUGCAGUGUAUUAACUUCUCGUUAAAGAACUUGUGUUCCCUCCAAUUCGGCUCGUUGCCAGCGCAGUCCGCCCCCUACGAACCCUUCGAGAUGUCGAGAGUGAAAGUCGCCCUCACGGAACUGUUGAUCGUGUCGUUGGAUCAGGUGCUCAUCCAUUCCGACUUGUGUGCCAAACUAAUUAAUAAUGGAAUUCUGCCGAUGCUCCUCAGGAUCUUGGAGGACGUCAUCUGCAAAUCCGGUGCCAAAUACAAUACCAAAGAACGUCAAAAUCGUGCCAAAGAAAUGGAUACAAAAAGUGAGACAGAAUCUGCAAAUUUGCUCAAAUUCGUUUUCGGGAUAGCGUAUUCGAUAACGGCGUUCUUUCACUGUCUGUUGAUGCAGUGUCGGUCCGUCGAAAAGCUUAGAGAGUUCACCGAACAAUUUAAAUUGUACGGGGAGUGCCUCAAAGGUGGAUUGCUCAAAGAGUGUAUGGAACUUAUGAUCAGAAUACCUGGAGCCGACGCUAAGGAGGAGGCGGUAAUACUGAUCAGGAAGUUGAUAGAUUCAAUAGGGAAGUUGAUAAGCGCCAUGAAGAGGGUCAGGAGCGAAGUGAUACACUCCGCCGCGUGCCCCAGGAGCAGGCACAAAGCGUGCCGGCAGAGAGUGGCGGCGGGAAUGCACCAUCACCACGACAUACUCGGGGAGGCGGGGACGGGCCUCCCUUUGCCCUCCGCGUGCUGUGUGUCUGUUCUGUACGGAACCUUGACGUCUCUGGUUCCAGACGAAGAGGUGUCCGCUCAGAAAACGUUGCGAAAUAGAAUACUGCGAGUCAUGCUGAAAUGUGGCGUGUGCUGCUGUUUUUCUCCGAGUUUCCUAAUGGAGAACAUCGUGAGAUUGAUGCUGACGCACAGCAACGUCGCCUCGCUUUGUCUUCAACUGUUAGAGCACACCGUUUACGGUGACCUCGGCGCCAGUGUUCUGAUUCCCAAGGUGACCGACCAGUUGCCGUGCUCUAUAUGCGAGCAGAGCGAUUCCAACCGAGAUCUCGGUAGAAAAUACUGUCCCCACGGCGUCAGUCCGAUCGAUAGAAAGAGUGUGUGGUCUUUCCUCAUACAUUACAACUCGCUUCUGCAGCUCGACAACCACAACGACGUGCUCCACGCGACCGUGCGCCAUCUCCUCAAGGUCACCCCGAAAUGUCGAAUGGAAAUGAAAUAUGAGCUGCUGUUCAGCGUCAUUUACCCGACUUUCAUAGUCUCCAAGCACAGGUACACCAUGAGGGUGGAAGAAUCUGCAUACUUUCUAACCGUUUCCUGUUUGAACAUCUUUGCGAGUUUGCUCAACACGGUGUCUUUCGCGGAGCAGUUCAUUCAAAAGGGCGGCUUGAGCUACGUGCUGGAGCUGGUGUCUUUACCGGAGUUCUCGAACCAGUGUUGCGCUAUUCUCGAAAUAGCGAUCAUCGUUGAAAUAUUUAAACUCAUAAAGGAGAACGUCGAAUUGACUUAUUUCAGAGAAAUGCGUUCACUGGCUUCCGUGCAGAUCCUAUUCAAGUCCCUCACCGAUAUGACAGAGAAGUGCUACAAAAUAUACAAAACCAAAAUUCCAAUUGAAAAAUUUGAUGAGCUGUGUGAUAUAAGUAAAGAAAAAGAAAUGUUGGCGAUACCGACUAGCGACCAAAGUAGGCAGACGCGACCAGCCACCACGCCGAUAGCGAUAAAGAGCACAUUCGCGUACGAGAGUACGACCGAGGAGACGGUGGAAGACCACAUAGAGGUGCUGAAGAACGUGUGCACGUUCUGGAAGUCGUGCGCCGGCCUGUGCCUGUACAGCCCGAUGUUCCGCGAGUACGCGGUGGGGCAGCCCGUGUUCGCGCACAGCUACGCGCUGCUCAAGCUGCUGCUGCACUACCUGUGCAACUGCGACUGCGCGCCCGCCGAGGCCAAGGUGCUCAUUAAGAUCAUGGAGUCCCUUCUGACUGUGCAGUUUUCGGUCUCCGAUGCGACGUCCGGGCGCUCGAAGCAGACGAGCUGCGCCGUGGUGCGCUCGGCGCUGAGCGCGCGCGCGUGCGGCGGCGUGCGCGCGCUGUGCGACGCGCUCGUCGGCGUAGCGCUGGCGGCGCCCAGCUCGCGCCACGCCAUGCCGAGGCUCACUCCGCUCAAGGUGCCGCCCCUGUUCUGCCCGUCCGGGAGCAGCUCGCCGGAAUGCUCGUCGAGCGAGGAGAGCGCCGUGGGCCCGUACGCCAGCGAGCACAGCGAGUCGCGCGCGCUGCCCGACGACGGCUACGAGGCCGACGUCGAAAUCGGAAUGCAAGACGCUCCGACCAAAACGAGGAAACUUUCCGAGUCUUUGGCCGUUUUGAAUAAUGUACCAGGACUCCACCCCCAGGAGACGCUGCUGGACUGUCCGGAGUACAGCGAGAGCGGCGAGCUGGCGCACCCCGAGCUGUGCGUCAUCGUGGUCGACAUCCUGUCGCAGCUCAUUGACAGGUUGCUGAGCUCGGAGCAGUACGACAAGGAGCAGGGCGAGGAGGUGUCGCGCGUGUGCAGCGGGCUGGCGCGGGCGUGGGGCGCGCGGCUGGCGGGCGCGCGCGCGCCGCCGCUGCUGCUGGCGCGGCUGCUGGCGCACGACGCGCCGCCCGCGCGCCUGCUGGCCGACACCAACGCCAAGUAUGCAGAGCUGCAGCGCAGCAUCCUGGAGCUGGUGGUGGCGGUGGCGGCGCACAGCAUCGAGGCGGCGGAGCUGUGCGCGCUGCUGCGGCUGUUCGCAGCGGAGCGGCCGCCGCUGGCGCUGCUGCUGCGCGCGCUGCGCCGCUUGGUGGAGCGCGCCGCGCCGCACGCGCCCGACUGCAUCCUCAGCUUCCCCAUAGACGUGGACCCGGAGGAGUACCCGGCCGAGGAGGCGGUGGGCUCGUCCUUCAACCAGCAGGCGGAGCUCAGCGCGCGCCGGCUGCGGCAGGCGCACUCGAGAGCCGGAGUGUGGUCGUCGUGGGCGGCGAGCGCGGCGCGCUGCGCGGUGGGCGGCGCGGGCUGGACGCCGUGGAUGGCGGGCUUCGGCGUCGCCAUCUGGCUGCGCCUGGCGCCGCACCACAGCCCGCCCGCGUGCGAGGAAACGGAGGAAUGGCAGGAGGAGCCGCCCGACCCCGACGGGCCCAAGUCGCCUCGGAAGGAGCCGCCGGCCAAGGCGGAGCUGCUGCACGUGUUCUCCGUCGGCCACGACUCGCUGGUGUUCGAGCUGUGGGUCAACACGAGCAACGGCGAGCUGACAGUGCGGCUGACGCGGCCCGACGCGCAGGGCAGCAAGCUGGUGAGCGCGGCACGCUCGCGGCCCGGCCUCGGCGCGCGCUGGAGCUGCCUCGCGCUCAACGUGGCCGAGCGAGUGCACAAGCGCCGCAUACACAUACAGGUGCGUGUCACUAGUGUCGUGUGCGGCGAGCUGACAGAGCGGCUGACGCGGCCCGACGCGCAGGGCAGCAAGCUGGCGAGCGCGGCACGCUCGCGGCCCGGCCUCGGCGCGCGCUGGAGCUGCCUCGCGCUCAACGUGGCCGAGCGAGUGCACAAGAGCCGCAUACACAUACAGGUGCGUGUCACUAGUGUCGUGUGCGGCGAGCUGACAGAGCGGCUGACGCGGCCCGACGCGCAGGGCAGCAAGCUGGUGAGCGCGGCACGCUCGCGGCCCGGCCUCGGCGCGCGCUGGAGCUGCCUCGCGCUCAACGUGGCCGAGCGAGUGCACAAGCGCCGCAUACACAUACAGGUUACAAUCUACGUAAACGGACGCGAGUGUGAAACUCUGUCAUUGCUUCUCCAAGGCAUCCUGGUGCGCAAGGCGACGCCGUCGUCGGUGCUCCUAGGGCAAGCGGGCCGCACGCGCGGCGCGGGCGCUCUGCACGUGGCGCACGUGCGCGUGUUCCGCACGCCCGCGCUCUCCGCGCCCGCCGCGCUGCACCUCGCCGCGCACCCGCCCGACCUGCCCUGUCAGAUCCCGUGCGAGUCGGCCAACUACCCGUCGAUAAUAACUCCGGAGCUGCUGGACAUGGACAUCGACUGGGACUCAGUGUACGAGAUAUCGAGCGCCACGCUGCGCGAGCUGCACGAGAGCCUGCUGCUGUCCUUCUGCGCGCACUCGCCCGAGGUCAUGAGCCUGUACCACCAGGCGCCCGCCGUGCCCACAGUGUUCGGGUCGCGCGGCUGGCAGACGGCGGGCGGCGCCUGCGGAGAGGCGCCCGACGCGCUGCGCGUGCGCUGGGCGGGCCCGCCACGUGCCGCGCGUCGCCGGGGCCUGGCGCCCGCGCUGCUGGCGCUCGGGGGCCCGGAGGUGUUGCUCUAUCUAUUCGCCAGGGUGGUAGAGCUGGAGGGCUCGGCCGAGGAGCAGGCGGGCGCGCUGCAGAUCGCGCUGCGGGCUUGCGGCGCGGACGCGCGGCUGGGCGCGCAGCUGCACGCGGGCGCGGCGCUCGACCUGCUGCUGCCCGUGCUGGCGGCGCCCGCCUGCCGCGUGUCGCACCACAUGCUGCAGGUGAUCUUCGAGUCGGCGUGCAGCGGCGUGGUGCUGGCGGCGGGCGGCGGCGGCGGCGCGGCGGCCACGCUGCGCGCGCGCACGGACGCCGUGCUGCUGGAGCCGCGCCUGCUGGUGCUGCUGGUGCGCGCGUGGCGGCACUUCGACUGCGGCGCGCUGCUGUGGGAGGCGGACGGCGCGCGCGCGCACGGCUCGCCCUGGGAGCUGGCGCUGGCGGCGCUGGGCGCGCUGCUGCACCCGGCGCACCCGCGCCUGCGCUACAACCACUACCAGGCCUCGCGCGUCGACCUGCUGCGACACCUGCUGCUCGCCUGCAAGGAGCGGUUCCUCAACUCGGAGCGGCCGGCCUUCGGGCAGGAGACGAGCGUGGCGCUGGUGGCGCUGGUGCGCGCGCUGCUGGGCCACCCGCCGCUGCUGUGCCACCUGGCGCUGCUCGCCGACUUCCUGCUGCUGAUGCACCAGGCGAGCGACACGUUCGUGACGCACUCGCGCGCCAACUACUACUUCCUGUUGAGCGCCGACACGCCCGAGACUUGCGACUUCAACUUGCUCAACUUCAUCCAUAAGCGACACCGAACCAAAACUGAUAACAAGCAGACGUACGAUACAACAGACAAGUCGAGCUCAUCCAGCGUGUCGGAGGACGCGGGCGACCAACACGUCCGCGGCUCGGACAGUGACAAGACGGACCCGGACAGCGCAGACUCCACCAAGCAGAUGAAGGGACUCAUCAACGAGCAGAUCAGGGAAAGGAGGCACAAGUUGUCGUCCACUUCUGAAGCUUCAGACGGAACUACAGAGAAGAGUACAGAAGAGAGUGCGGACGAGGCGGAGGGCGCGGGCGCAGAAGCGAGCGAGGGCGCGGACGCGGCGGAGGGAGCGGGCGCGGAGGCGGAAGCGGAGGCGGAGCGCGCGCUGGACGGGUACAUCGUGGUGGACAGCGACGACGUGAGCCACACCACAGUGGACCUGUUCACGAGCGGCAUCUACCAGCAGAGACGAGUGCGCGCGGGCGCCGAGCCGGGCUGGCAGGCGUGCGAGGGGCUGCUGCUGCUGCUGCGGGACGCCAUCGCGGCGCUGCCCGACCACAUGCUGGUGCAGGCGGUGGCGGCGGCGAUCCAGCCCGACACGCUGGUGGUGCUGGCCAACCACCGGCAGGCGGGCGUGCGCGCGGCCGUGGUGCGCGCCGUGUGCGCGCUGCAGCGCCGCCACGCCGCCGCGCUGCCGCACCACUGCCUCGUGCAGCUGGCCAACCAGAUCUCCCUGUACCCCGCCUCGUGGGAGCUGGCGGCGGCGUGCGCGGCGCUGCUCACCCGCCGCGACGUGCCGCUGGAGGACCAGCUCGACGAGGACGUGUGGCGCGCGCUGGACGAGGAGGCGGCGCACCGCAGCCCGCCGCUGCUGGCGCUGCUGCCGCUGGCCGCGGGCGCCGCCGACGUGCCGCUGGCGCACAACAUCGCCGCGCUGGCGCGCCGGCUCGUCGACAAGGCAUCGUUGAAAGCGCUCAACGAAGUGGCGCUGGUGGAGGUGGCGGUGCGGGCGGUGCGCGCGGUGGGCCGCCAGGAGGAGCGCUUCGAGGGCCGCGAGCUGCUGCUGGACGACUUGACGGAACUGCUGGCGCGCCUCGCCGGCAGGCUGCUGGCCGGCAACCACAGCAUGCAGGGCAUAGUGGACAUGCACAACAUGCUGCGCUUCGUCGAGUGCGAGCGCGCGGCGGGCGCCGGCGCGCCGCCCGACGGCGUGGUGGGCGCGGCGCGCGCGGCGCAGGUGGCGCUGUUCGCGGCGCAGCUCGACCACCUGGAGCUGCGCCUGCGCCUGCACCACCACCAGCCGCGCCCCGCCGGCCUGCUGUCCACCGUGCUGACGUCGGCGGUGGAGGGCGGGCUGUCGGCGCGCUCGGAGGCGGCGGAGCUGGCGGCGCGCCACGGCGCCGUGCUGGCGCGCGCCGUCGCCUUCCUCGUCACGCGGCCCGAGAGCGCGCCGCUGCAGCCCGAGGCGGAGCUGUUCGAGCGCCUGCUGCGCGCGCUGCUGGCGGGCGCGCACGGCGGCGACGGCGCCUCGCGCCUGUUUGGCGGCGCGCAGGACGGUGGCGCGCUGGCCGCGCUGUUCUGGUGGGCGGCCAGCCCGGCGCCGGCGGCGCGCCCGCUGCAGCCGCGCCUGCUGCGCGCGCUGUACCACGCGCCCGCCGCCGCGCUGCGGGCGCUGGCGCCGCGCGCGCGCGAGCCGGCCGCGCUGCGCAAGCUGGCCGUGUACCUGCUGUCGCUGCUGCAGCACGUGCACCUGCGCGCCGAGCGCGGCGCGGGCGUGGAGCUGGCCAUCACGGACUGGGCGCGCGACUGGGCCGUGGGCGCGCAGGCCGAGCUGGCGGAGCGCGUGCGCGGGCCGGCGCUGCCCGCCGAGGCGGGGCGGCUGCUGGCGGAGGACCGCGCGCGCUGGGCGCGGCAGCACGCGGGCCCGCGCGCGCGCGCCGCCGUGCUGAAGGCCGCGUGCGCGCGCGAGGCGCAGGCGCGCGCCGCCACCGAGGCCGCCAUGGGCGCCACGCGCGGCGUGGUGGAGACGCAGAACGGGGAGCGCAAGGCGUUCCUGGAGCACCUGCGGCGCGCGCACGCCCGGAGCGCGGCGGCGGGCGCGCGCUGGCAGCGCAUCGUGGAUGCGCACACGCACGAGCUCGGCGUGUGGCACAGCGCGCGCGGCUACCCGCGCGCUUGGCAGCUGGACAGCACGGAGGGGCCGGGCCGCGUACGCGUGCGGCUGCGGCGCGCGCACCUGCGCAUCCCCGCGCGCUUCCUGCAGCCGGCGCAGCGCCACAAGGCGGCCGCAGCGCUGCUGCCGGGCCCGCUGCGCGCCGUGCUGGGCGCGGGCGCGCGCGGCGGCGCGGCGGCGCGCCUGGCGCUGGGCGAGACGGUGGCGCACACGGCGCGCGCGGUGCGCGUGUCGGUGGCGGCCGAGGCGCCCGGCGAGCUGCUGCUGACGGACCGCUGCCUGCACUUCGUGCCGGAGGAGGAGGGGCCGGGCGGCGAGGGCGCGGCCAGCUGGUCGCUGGGCGCGGUGGCACGCGUGGCCACGCGGCGCUGGUGCCUGCAGGAGCGCGCGCUCGAGCUGUUCCUGUGCUGCGGCCGCGCGCUCAUGCUGGCCUUCGCCGACACCGCCGAGCGCGCCGCCUUCCUCGCCGCGCUGGCUCGCGCGCACCUGCCCAACAAGACGGAGCCGGACAGCCUCGCGGAAGCCAUGAACCAGUGGCGCGUCGGCGCCAUCACCAACUGGGAGUACCUGAUGAUCCUCAACGGGCUGGCGGGGCGCUCGUACAACGACCUGAUGCAGUACCCGGUGUUCCCGUUCGUGCUGGCCGACUACUCGUCCAAGCUGCUGGACCUGCACUCGCCCGCGUCGUUCCGCGACCUGGCCAAGCCCGUGGCCGUGCAGCACAAGGACCGCGAGCAGCACUACGUGGCCACGUACAGCGACCUGAGCGCGGCGCGGCGCGACGGCUGCAGCCCGCUGCUGUCGCGCCAGCCUCAUCACUACGCGUCGCUGUACUCCAACUCGGGCGGCGUGCUGCACUACCUGGUGCGCCUGCCGCCCUUCACCGAGCUGUUCCUGCAGUACCAGGACGACAACUUCGACAUGCCGGACCGCACGUUCCACUCGCUGGCCACCACGUGGCGGCUCAUCACGCGCGACUCGCCCACCGACGUGAAGGAGCUCAUCCCCGAGCUGUUCUACCUGCCCGAGCUGUUCUACAACACGGAGGGGCUGGAGCUGGGCGUGCGCCAGUGCGGGCUGCGCGUGGACGCCGUGCAGCUGCCGCCGUGGGCCGCCGACGCGCGCCUGUUCACGCUGGUGCACCGCCAGGCGCUGGAGGCGCCGCUGGUGACGGAGCGCCUGCCGCUGUGGGUGGACCUGGUGUUCGGCUACAAGCAGACGGGGCAGGCCGCCGUCGACGCCAUCAACGUGUUCCCCGCCUGCACGUACUACGGGUUCGACCCGUCGUCGCUGGAGGAGGAGGUGGACCGGCUGGCGGCGGCCGCCAUGGUGCGCACGUACGGCCAGGCGCCGCGCCAGCUGCUGCGCGCGCCGCACCCGCAGCGCGCGCCCGAGCUGGCGCCGCGCGCGGCGACGGGCGCGUGCGCGGGCGCCGUGGGCGUGCGCUGGGGGCGCUACUGCGGCUCGCCCGCGCUGGCGGCGCCGGGCGUGGCGGCGCGCCGCGUGUGCGCCGGCGCCGCGCGCCUGCAGCCGCUGGCGCACGCGCGCGCCGUGGCCGCUUGCCCGCCCGCGUGCGCGCUGCUCGUGCGCAGAGACGAGUGGUCGUGCAGCGGCGAGGGCGCGAGCGCGGGCGCGGGCGGCGAGGCGCUGUGCGCGGUGACGUGGGCGCACGCCGACCACGCCGUGCGCGUGCGGCGCCGCCGCGACCUGCCGCCCGAGACGCUGCUGCACCUCUCGCCGCAGGAGCAGGUGACGGCGGGCUGCGGCUGGAGCGGGCGCGGCGGCUGGGGCGCGUCGGGCGCGCUGGGGCUGUCGACGGGCCGCGUGCUGGCGCUGCGGGCCGGCGCGCGCGUGUCCGUGCACGCGCUGCACGCGCACCGCGCGCCCGUGACGCAGCUGGUGCUGUGCCCGCCCGCCAGCCUGCUCGUCAGCGCCGACGCCGACGGGCUCAUCGUGCUGUGGGACCUCAACGAGCUGACGUACAUCCGCACGCUGCCCAACCGCGACAUGCUGCCGCUGCGCUGCCUGGCCGUCAGCGAGACGCUGAGCGACGUGGCCACGGCGCACGCGCCGGCGGGCGGCGGGGGGGCGCUGCUGCGCGUGCACACGGUCAACGCGCGCUUCGUGGGCAGCGCGCGCGUGCCGGAGGCGGCCACGUGCGCCGCCUACUCCGCCGCGCCCGAGGGCGUCAGCGUCAACUGCGUGGCGCUGGGGCUGGCCACCGGCGCCGUGCGCCUCUACUCGGCGUGGGACCUGCGCCCGCUGGCCUACGUGCCGCCGCCCGCGCGCGCCGCGCCGCUGCUCAGCCUGGCGUACGGCGCGGACUCGCAGCUGCUGUUCGCGUGCUACGCGGACGGCGCCGUGCUCGCCUGGGAGAGCACGGAGGGCGGCGCCAAGCCCGCGCCCGUGCGCAUCCUGCCCGCGCACGCGCUGCUGUGACCGCACGCGCCGCUGCGACCGCACGCGCCGCUGCGACCGCACGCGCCGCUGCGACCGCACGCCCGACAACAGACGUAACCAGUUGAUCUACCAUACGUCGACUUGAUGUGUGUCACGGCGCUAUAAAUCAUUUGGAUCGUAUUCAUGUAACUCAUAGAAAGCCGCAAUGUAAAUAAUUAAUAUUAGUUAAUCUUCCUCAUGCUAUGAAACAGUGCUGUGGUAGUUGUCUUUACUAUUACGGAAUACGGAAUUCAUUAAACUAUACAAGGUGUAUUUCCCAUAACUCUAGUGUUAUAUUCUUUAAGGAAAAUUAAUUAAAAAUGUCUAAGGAACAUAUUAUGUUCUAAAAUAAAUAUUUUCGGAGUAAAAAAUAUUUCUUUUGUAAAUAAGUCUUAAAUUGUGUACCUUAUAUCGCAUUCUUAUACUAUGACCUAGCCAAACUUAUUAAUUGAUAAAUAUCAUGAAGUAGCUUACUAGUUAAGUGCAGAGUGCCAGUUAUAGUGCCGCUACAAUUUCCUAAUUUUAAAAUUUAAGGAUAAAUAAAGGCGUGUGUUACGGAAGUCGGAAUUAUUUGAAUUAUUUUGUAAGAAAACAUAAAACGUUUUUUUUAUAGUUAAAAAAAAUUGUUACGCAGUUCGGCUUUUAUAAGUGGACCUGUCAACACUUUGAAGUUAUGGGAAAUACUCCCGAGCACCCUGUAUAUGUAAAAGUAUAUAUAGGCCAAGUAUGCAGUGUCAAAAAGAAUAUAUUUUGUACAGGGACUUAUUUUAAACUAAGAUAUUAAACCAUUAUUAUAUUCCUGAUAAUGAUUUUUUUAUUAAUGUUAGAAGAAUUUAUACGUAAUAGAAUAUUCCUGAUUAUUAAAUAAAUUAUAUCUUUAAGUGAUGUUAAAAUUUGUUGAUGUUGUUGUUGCCCGUUACGAUUUAUUAUUUUAGUGUUUAUCAAACGAGCCAAAUCAUUAUUAUUUAUAGCAUUAUUCAUAAUAUAGUAUAGUAUAUACUUAUAUAUAUUUCAAUACGACAUGUAAUGUAGAAAUAAUACAUUUUAAUAAAAAAACAUAUGCGUGUCCUCGGCGCCAACCAAGCAUUUAAUGCGAUUUAGAACUACUGCACAAUCAUCUAUUAUACUUUACUAUCUAACUUGUCAAGUCCGUGCUAAAACUGAUGAUUAUUAAUUUUUACUCAUAUAGGUAUACUCGUAGUACACCGCUAGGACUGAUUUAUAUUUAGGAAUAUCAUAAGUGAUGUCUUCCGAAUGAAAUUCAUGCGUUGGUGAUAAUAUGUUUAAGAUGAUGAAUCUGUAUAAUAUUGUAAGUGUUGCAUCUAGGCCGCUCUCGUUGGUGACUACUUAAUCAUGCUAGUUUUGAACUAAGCUUGUAAAUAAAAUGUUGUCAAAAUAACUAAUUAUAUAUUACUGUUAAGGAUUUUAAUCAUACAUUGUUUUCACAAAUAAAGAAUAACAUAUCGAAAUGUAUUUACAAAAGAUUUUUCCUCGAUUUUGCUGUACAGUAAUUACUAUCGUAUAACUAUAAACACUAUGUAUAAAAUUAUGAAAUAUGAAAAUAUAUGUUUUAUAGUAAUCUGAGGCCAAUAACAUCAUAUUUUACUUUAUUAAUAUAAUCAAUGUAUAUUUUUUUAGAAUAAAGAUAUAUAAGCGCUAUGAAUUUAUAUAUAUAGUUAGCGAGGACUAUUAAUAGCGUAUGGAUGACGACCAGCAGGCUAAUUCACUAUCUUUGACGUAAGUUGGUUGACGAUACGAAAUCGAGAUUCUAUGUAACAAAUGUCAUCCGGUGCUUUGAAUAUCAUACAUUAUGUAGAUGACAUUUGUCAAGUGAUUUCAUAUUAAUUUUAAUAGGUUGAUAAUAAAGGCCAAAAUAGUGAAUAAGCCAUGUAGCGUUCACUGACGCGUCCCGUCGUUUCAUACAAUAGGUCGAUCGCCACCGUGACCGUUGUGAAGGCUCCUUAUAUUUUAAGGAUUAGGUUCCUCGAUACUUCGAAAUGCAAUAAUAUAAGACUAAGUACAUAUCUUUUGUGAGUUGAAUGGAUAUUUUGAAGAGAAUUAUUGUGAUGCAUCGUUGCUGGAAAUAAAUAAUAUUUUUUUCUCAUAAA